AUGAUGGAGUUUGGAUGGAGGGAUCCAGAGUUACCUGAAGUGAUUCAGAUGCUGCAGCACCAGUUCCCUUCAGUCCAGUCCAACGCUGCAGCCUACCUCCAACACCUCUGCUUCGGAGACAACAAUAUCAAAUCAGAGAUUCGUCGUCAGGGUGGGAUCCAGCUGCUGGUAGACCUGUUGGACCACCGUAUGAGUGAGGUCCACCGCAGUGCCUGUGGAGCCUUGAGGAACCUGGUCUACGGCAAGGCCAACGACGACAACAAGAUCACCCUGAAGAACUUUGGGGGCAUACCUGCCCUCGUACGCCUGCUACGCAAGACGGGAGACGUGGAGAUACGAGAACUGGUCACAGGUGUGUUGUGGAACCUGUCAUCGUGCGACGCCCUGAAGAUGCCAAUCAUCCAGGAUGCGUUGGCCGUUCUGACCAAUAGCGUCAUCAUCCCCCACUCUUCCUCCUGGGACUCCUCCCACAAUCUCCAUGACGACCGCAAGCAACACACACACACCUCUCAGGUGCUCCGCAAUGCCACCGGCUGCCUCAGAAAUGUGAGUUCUGCUGGAGAGGAGGCCAGGAGGAGGAUGAGAGAGUGUGACGGACUGACAGACUCCCUCCUCUACAUCAUACAGACCGCUCUGGGCAGCAACGACAUCGACAGCAAGACCAUAGAAAACUGUGUGUGUAUACUGCGUAACCUGUCCUACCGACUGGCAGCGGAGACGUCUCAGGGCCAGCAGCUGGGUUCAGAAGAGCUGGACGGUCUGCUGUGUGACGCCAACGGACGUGACGGAGAGACCUCAGGCUGCUGGGGCAAGAAGAAGAAGAAGAAGAAGGGACAGGACCAGUGGGAUGGUGUAGGCCCUCUCCAAGACUCAGCUGACCCUCCUAAAGGGGUCCAGAUGUUAUGGCACCCGUCCAUAGUGAAGCCCUACCUCACCCUGCUUUCAGAGUGCUCCAACCCUGAUACACUGGAGGGAGCGGCUGGAGCCCUGCAGAACCUGGCUGCAGGCAGCUGGAAGUGGUCUGUGUAUAUCCGGGCUGCGGUGCGUAAAGAGAAAGGCCUUCCUAUCCUGGUGGAGUUGUUGAGGAUAGACAAUGACCGUGUGGUGUGUGCCGUGGCCACCGCACUCAGGAAUAUGGCCCUGGACAUCAGAAACAAAGAACUGAUUGGUAAAUACGCCAUGCGUGACCUGGUCCACCGGUUACCUGGCAGUAGCAGCAACAGUACCGGGGGCAGUGGUGGGACUAGUGGAGGUACCGGAGGCCCGAUGGCACCCGGUAAGACCAUGUCAGACGAUACGAUAACGGCUAUCUGCUGCGCUCUGCAUGAAGUCAUCACUAAGAACAUGGAAAACGCCAAAGCACUGAGAGACGCUGGCGGGAUAGAGAAGCUCAUCGGCAUCGCUCGCAGCAAAGGAGACAAACACUCAGCCAAGGUGGUGAAGGCUGCAUCUCAGGUUCUCAGCAGUAUGUGGCAGUACAGAGACCUACGCAGCCUCUACAAGAAGGAUGGAUACUCUCAGUAUCACUUUGUUGGUUCUGCCUCUACGAUAGAGAGAGACAGACAGAGACCCUACUCCUCCUCUCGCACUCCCUCUGUGUCCCCUGUACGAACCUCACCCAACAACCGCUCAGUAAGCGCCCCGGCCUCUCCCAGAGAGAUGAUGAGUAUGAAGGAUCGCAAGCCCGAAAACGACUCCACGGCAACCAACGCAGGUUUCCACAGCAACAAAGGAGAGCACACAUCCCGGAAAGACGCCAUGGCAGUCCAAAUCUCCUGUGGAACAUCCACGUUGUUCCGGAACUCUUAUGUAACUGCUAAUGACGACAUUAAACACAACCAGAUCCCUCCUCAGCCCAUGACCAUAGCUCCACAGGCAGACUGCUCCUCUACACCUAUAAAAGAAUACGACACGUUCCCUCCAUCCCUCCCUCCAUCCUUCCCUCCGCCGCAGAACCCUGGCCGCAUGCUGGAUGACUCCUUCUUCGUGCCUCCAGACCAGCCCCUCCCCCAGCCCCCGUCUCAGGCUGCCACUGACCUCCGGAUGCACCUGGGCCUCAAAUCCACCGGCAACUAUGUGGACUUCUACUCUGCAUCCCGGCCCUACUCCGAACUCAACUACGAGACCAGCCACUACCCGGCCUCGCCUGACUCCUGGGUCUAGAGACAGGAGUCACAACUUAUCUCUGGUCCUGGAGAGACAUAGGCUUGUGCAGGCUUUAGCUCCAGCCUUGCAGUAACAACACCUGAUUCAAGUAAUUAAAGUGUUAUGAACAGUUGUUUUUAGGAUAUCAGGUUUAUUAGUGCUGGGCUGGAACAAAAGCCUCCAUGGUCCUGUAGCUCUCCCGGACUGGGAGUGAAAACACUGGUGUAGAGUAAGGUGGGAGUGGGAGGUUAAUAUUAGUUACUAACCGCAGCAGAGAUUGGGGGGGUAGAGGAGGGAGGCGCCAGGGGGUUGUUAGGGACUGAGGCGUGAAGAGAGACUGUGCAUGUGCAUGAAUACCACAAUACAUUUUCUUUCUGCCAGUUCAGUUUGUUCAAAGCUUGUUCCACUGGGAAAGUGAAUGUAUGGAUAUGUCAAAAGGGAGAGAAAGAAAGAGAGGGAGAUAGACAGAGGAAAGAGAGAGAGAGAGCCUUGACGGAAAGAGAGAGAGAGAGAGAGAGAGAGUGAAGGCCUUGACGGAAAGAAAGCGAGAAAACAAGUGAAUGAUGACGGAGGGCUCUUACAUUGACCUUCAGGAAGGAGGAGAAGAGACGAGGUGUGGAGAAAUGGAGGAGAGGAAGAGUGGUGGUGAGGGUUCUUUGGCUAAUCGGGAUGAAAAGUGACAGAACAGAGAAGGGAGAGAGGGAUGAGUGGAAUACACCAAGCUCAAGGCAAGAGUGGAUGUUUACAGGAAAAAACUAAGGGAGCAGCUUUCCACCCAUUCAUUACAUUGACUUCUGACUUUCACCUUUCUAUGGAAUGUCCUCUAUUCAAGAAGACUCUUCCAGCCAUUUUAUUUUCACAUAUUUUUUAUUUGUAUUUUUUUAAGUUGUGGAUGUAUAGUAUUUUUGGUGUACAGUACAGUGACAGUUGAGAGACUUGUGUGGUAUUGUGUAUAUUACACGAGUCACUAGCGACCGACCACUGCAUAUUGUUAGUCUGUAACAGGAGAGGCUGAGAAGAAAACACACACCAUUUGGAACAAUGUCUGUCAAUGAUCACUGUCUCCCUUUCCCACAGCACAUCUGUUUGAACAGCCAGUGGUUGACUAGCAGUAUUGUCUGUUCUCUGAUCACGAAAAAUGUCUGUCCAAAGCAGUUCAAGACCGACUACAACACCGAUGACAUCAUUCCACACUCCUUCUUGACAGACUGCUUUUUCACUGCCUAAACAAUUAGAUCUAGAUAUUUGAAAUAUACGUUUCUUGUUUCUCCGUUUCCACACUCUGAUAUUUUAUUUUGAAGAUACAGUAUUUAAAAGUUCUGAAUUCAAAUGGUUUUGUCAUCCACAGUUACAUGAUACAGUCUGUCCCGUGUUACAAGAACCAACCUUCUGCUUUCUAAGACGUUCUACUAGGUUGUACAUACCACCACUGUACAUUAGAGAGAGAGAUGUGACAUUGUGCCAAACUUUGCCCUCUCUGGUUCCAGCCCUAGACUGGAGGAUGUAUGCGACUCUCAGUUGACGUUUACAGACCAUGACCAGUCAUUCUCUCUCUUGUUUGUAACUGCUUUGGUUUUGAUGGGAGUAAGUUAUACACUACCUACAGAGGGGUAUCACUAUAGAAAGGGGUAUGUACGUCUCCUUCUUAAAUGAACAGACCUGCCUAUGUUAGUUGAGCGUGUAUGUGUGUGCGUGUGUGUAUGUGUGCGCAUGUGCGCGUUCGGGUGUGUGUCUUGAUCACUGUCUGAAGGCAUCCCUCCAGAUAAGAGUCAGAUUUUACAAAACACAACCCAAAGAAAAAUUCACUUGACUGACAUGUCUAUAGAGAAUGAAUGACAAAUCUAUAUAUACUGCCUUCAGAAAGUAUUCACACCCCUUGACUUAUUCCACAUUUUGUUGUUACAGCCUGAGUUCAAAAUGGAUUAAAUAUGUUUUUCUUCUCACUCAUCUACACACAAUACCCCAUAAUGUUUGCAAAUGUGUUGAAAAUGAAAUACAGAAAUAUCUCACAACUUUGGCAGCGAUUGGGAGUCUUUCAGGGUAAGUCUAAGAGCUUUACACACCUGGAUUGUGCAACAUUAUACCCAUUAUUUUUGAAAUUCUUCAAGCCCUGUGUUUUCAAGUCUGCCAUAGAUCAUUUAUUUGUAUUUAUUUUUUCCACCCUUUUUCUCCCCAAUUACAAUCUUGUUUCAUCGCUGCAACUCCCCAAUGGGCUCUGAAAAGGGGAAGGUUGAGUCAUGUGUCCUCCGUAACAUGACCCGCCAAACUGCGCUCCUUAACACCCGCCCGCUUAACCCGGAAGCCAGCUGCACCAAUGUGUCAGAGGAAACACUGUUCAACUGACGACGGAGGUCAGCUGGCAGGCGCCCGGCCUGCCACAAGGCGUCGCUAGAGCGUGAUGAACCAAGUAAAUGAACCAAUGGAGCAUGGUACUCAGUAAUGUAUUGUAUUGAAUUUGCCCCAAACAUAACACCUUGUAUUCAGGACAAACGGUUAAUUGCUUUGCCAUAUUUUUUAGCAGUAUUACUUUAGUGCCUUGUUGCAAACAGGAUGCAUGUUUUGGAAUAUUUUUAUUGUAAACAGGCUGCCUUCUUUUCACUCUGUUAAGUAGGUUAGUAUUGUGGAGUAACUACAAUGUUGUUGAUCCAUCCUCAGUUUUCUCCUAUAACAGCCAUUAAACCCUCUACUGUUUUAACUUCACAAUUGGCCUCAUGGUGAAAUCCCUGAGCGGUUUCCUUCCUCUCCGGCAGCUGAGUUAGUAAGGAUUUUCUUUGUAAUGACUGGGUGUAUUGAUACACCAUCCAAAGUGUAAUUAAUAACUUCAUCAUGAUCAAAGGGAUAUUCAAUGUGUUUUUUUAAAACCCAUAUUUAACCCUUCUUUGCGAGGCAUUGGAAAACGUCCCUGGUCUUUAUGGUUGAAUAUGUGUUUGAAAUUCACUGCUCAACUGAGGGACCUUAUAGAUAAUUGUAUGUGUGGGGUACAGAAAUUAGGUAGUCAUUCAAAAACAAUGUUAAACACUAUUAUUGCAUACAGAGGGAGUCCAUGCAACUUAUUGUGACUUGUUAAGUACAGUUUUACUUUUGAACUUAUUUAGGCUUGCCAUAACAAAGAGGUUGAAUAGAGUGGAGGCUGCUGAAUGGAGGACGGCUCAUAAUAAUGGCUGGAACGGCACUAUUGGAAUGACAUCAAACACAUAGAAACCAUGUGUUUGAUACCAUUCCACUUAUACCACAACAGCUAUUACCACAAGCCCAUCCUCUCCAAUUAAGCUGCCACCAACCUCCUGUGGUUGAAUACUUAUUACUCAAGACAUUUAAGCUUUCAUGUUUUAUUAAUUUGUAAAAAAAUAAUAAUUGAAAAACAUCAUUCCACAUUAUGGGGUAGUGUGUGUAGGCCAAUGACACAAAAACAACAAUUUAAUCCUUUUAAAUUCAGGCUGUAGCACAACAAAAUGUGGAAAAAGUCAAGGGGUGUGAAUACUUUCUGAAGGCACUGCAUAUAUAUAUAUAUAUAUAUAUACAAUGGUAUCAAACACAUGGUUUAUGUGUGUUUGAUGUCAUUCCAUAUACGUAUAUAUAUAUAUAUAUAUAUAUAUACUUUUUAUGUGCAGGUAUUGGUGUCACUAAAAGCAACAAUGUUUUAUGGAGAAAAAAAAACCUGUACAAUAUGACUCUGUUCACGUGACUGUACUGAUGAUGACGAUGAUGAUGAUGAUGAAGUUUGAACCCCCUGUUGAGAAGACAGCUCGGUUCCAAUAUUCACACUAGCAUACUAGUUAUUUGGCCAUACAUUCUAAGCAGUACGCUAGAGUAGAUAUUGGAAGCAGAACCAACAGAACCUAGCUGAUGAUAGUGAUGAUGUUGACACUAUGGUGCGCGUUGUGAUGUUGUGUGUCCUGGCUUAUUAGAAGACCUUACUGAGUGUGGAUGCUACCUUUAACACCAGGUAAAUAAAAGACUCUUUGCAAUCUA